AUGUCGCACCUGCCUCAGGGAAACCUUCUUCCGCUCAUCCGCGCUGGCGACAUCGUCUCCAUCUGGCAUGACGUCAUCCUCUUCGCCUCCCCAGGCGCGAGUAACUCUCCGCGGCGCGCCUCGCCGCGCGCCGUCUCCGCUUCUGCAGCGCGGGGCAAGCCGGCGACUAUUCCCCUCCUCAACUUCAUCUGCACUUCUUCCAAGUCUAGCUCGUUCGCCGCGUCGCUCGCCGGUCGCCGUCGCCGUCUAGCGCUUGACGGCGCCGUCAAAGUCGACGACUCGGAGCAGCGGCCGUGGAACCUCGGGAUUAUCCCGCAGACGUGCGUCCUCGGGCCGUCCGCCGUCUCGCAGGAAUCCUCCGCAACCUCCGCCUCCGCGCUUCCCGACAAAAACACUUCCGCAGCAGACGUCGACCUUUAUGAUCCACUCGACUCCUCUGCCGCCGAUCCCAGCGACCCGUUCAGCCGUUCCGAUGAUUGCGGCGAGUUUCCCGUGAUUCUGGACAACGCGCCGUUAGAGGCGGUGGAGGUGGGCGCAAAGGAGCGCGACCCGGGCGACGUGUUCCCCGUGCUGCCGCUCCUCGCGCUCCCCGUGCGCCUGCGGUCCGGCCUGGGGACGGAAGUUUCGUGGAAGCUGGUCGUUGUGGCGGCAGAUGAUGGGCUCGUUCUGGCCAAUCAGGUGGCGACUAUAGUGGAGACGAUUUUACCGAGAGUUAAAGACUGGGCCGCGGGAGGGUUCGGGGGUUUCACGGGAGGAUCAGGGGGAGUCGCUUCCGACCAUUGGUGGAUCCCCGAAUCUCCGCGGCGCGAAUCGGACGACUGGGAGGAAGCUGCGCGUAAGGCGCAGGGCGUGGUUCUCGAAGCGCACAGCAUAUGGAAGCUGCUGGUUCCUUCGCUCCGCCGCCCCACGCUGCAGCGACGGCAGCGCGUGAGCGAGCGCACGGUGGAUGGCUGGCGGGAUAAGCGCGGGGCGGGGGACGACGACGAGAGCAACCUCUUGAAGCUCAUCGCACGACCCGGCGCUAGCGGUGGGCUUGGCGGGUUUGGCAGGGGGAAGUCCCGCGGCGGCGGCGGAAACGGGAGGGAAGGGAGCGGAGCGGUGGCUGGGGCAAAGGGAGGGCUCAGCAGGGGGAGAUGUUCCGCCGCCGCUGCUGCGGCGGCUGUUGCGGCAGCUGAAGGGCGCUCGGCGCGCAACGAGAGUGAUAUGGGAGGCGGGGAGUGGGAGGAGGAGGAGGGGCGAGAGGACGAGGGAACGAGACAUCUGAGUCGGACGGCGGGCGGGGAGCAUUCGCGUGGCAGCGGCGGUGUAAACAACGGCGGCAGGAGCAGCGCGGAAAGCAACAGCAGCGGCGGGAAGCGCAGAGGCGUGCUGCCGCAGAUUUCGCCGCGCUCCUUGUCGAUGACAACCGUCGCGGCUGCGCGCGCGCUCGUGAAAACCGCCACGUGGAGCAGGGCGUCUAGUCUUAACGGUACCAGCAGUGGUCAUGGUACUGAUGAAAGCGACGGGCAGCCAAUCGCAAAUUCACCAAGCGGGGCUUGGCAGGGGAAUGAGGGCAGUGGAGAUGGUGGCGAGGGAGAUUAUGAUGGAGCAGGCGGUAACUGUUUUCAUAUCGGUGACGGAAGUGGUUACGGCAUUACCAGCGGUGGUGGAGAGCGGGUGCGGAGUGGGGCACGGGGUGCGUUCAGCAGGAGCAACACGGCAUCAAGCACAUACAGCUUCGUGAGCAUGGGGAGUAUGGCCAGCAGCCACAGUAGCCGCUACAGCAAAAGCCCUGCUGCCACUCCAGACCUUCCUGCUGCUACUGCUGCUACUGCUGGGUAUCACGGUGCGGGCAAGAGUCACGGAGUCGACGGACUAGUGGUCGAUGGGCGGAGUGGGGAAACAGAUGCGACGGCUCGUGCAGGAGAAACAGACGGCGGAUGCCGCCCGUUCACCCCGCCUAUGGGCCGGUCAAAGACCGAACCCAAAAACCGUGGUUCAGGGCGAUCGAGGCAGGGGCGACCGCGCAGGGUCCUGUCACCCACUGAUGCACAUGAUGCUGCUGCCUCUGCUCACAACAAUCACCCCAAUCACGACAAUUACGAUCAUGACUCGGAUGAGGAUGAUUCAGACGAUGACGACAACUUUGCCUUCUCUCAGCCGAGUGCACCUCAUGGCCUCAUCCCCACACCUCACAGACUCACCCCAACACCGGGCGCCACCAGGCGAAUGUCGGAGUCUCACUCCCCUCUGCCCAGCCCACCCGUGCUGAAUCGCCGCUGGUCCCUGGCCUCCAGGACUGGCCCCACAGGGGAAGGAGGGGCGGGGCACCGUGGCCGGAACGUGUUUGAUGCCUCUGCUGAGGAUGGGGGCAUGGAGGUGGAUGGUCGGCGGGGCAGUCGGGGACGGGAUGGUGGGCCGGAGGCAGCAGAGUGGGUGGCGGAGGAGUGCAGUGAUGACUGCUCCAGCCAGGCGAGCUCUAGCCAUGCUAGUGUUGAGCAUGCCAACAGCCACUACGGACAGCAACUGCGGGAACGGAGAAUGCUGCCCAAAUUACCCACACUCCCCAAGUCACCCUCUCUGCCUAAAUCACCAACACUACCCAAGUCACACGCACUCCCCAAGUCACCCUCUCUGCCUAAAUCACCAACACUACCCAAGUCACACGCACUCCCCAAGUCACCCUCUCUGCCUAAAUCACCCGCACUGCCCAAGUCACCUGCAUUACCCAAGUCACCUACAAUGCCCAGGUCACCCUCUUUGCCCAAGUCACCCGCACACCCCAUAUCAUCCACACUGACCAAGUCACCCUCCCAGCCCAAGUCACCUUAUGCAGAAAAGAGUGGGUUGCGAGGGGGGGUCCGCAUGGAACGACCACAUCCUCCUGACAGCAACCCCAUGAGGGCAUGUGAGAGCAGUGUAGGAGGGAGCAGCAUGGGUGUUCCUUCUGAGGUGCCGCAAACCAGAGGAGGCACCAGGAGGGGUGUGCGGGGCAAGCAGCGGGGGAAGCAGCAGCUGGUUCCAGAAUGCUUUUCCACCGAGUCGGAAGUUCCUAUGAGAUCAAUGAGCCCUGGCAGUAACAUGCUCGCCAGAAGUGUGUCGUACGAUCAGCCAUCGCCGCAGGUAGCAGCAAUGAUUGCUGCUGAAGCGCCGUUGCCGGAGCCACCAGGCCGACGAUUUGCUGACCUCCCCCGCGUGGCGGCUGCGUGCCGCCGCUGGCGCCCUCUCGCCCUGGACCCCUCGCUGUGCUGCGCUGCCUUCUGCCACUCCCACCGCCUGCUCUCCCUGCGCCUCCCCUCCUCCGCUGGCCCAGCACCGCCAACGCCAGCAUCAGCAUCAGCACCAGCAGCACCAGCAGCACCAGCAGCAUCUGCAUCAGCCUCAGCAUCAGCAGCAGCAGCAGCAUCUGCAUCAGCAGCAGCAUCUGCAGCAGCACCAGCACCAGCUGUAACAGCAGCACCAGUGCCAGAGGCAAAGGGGGAUAAGCUAUCAUCCCCUCUCCUCCAUUCCGCCUCCACUCCUGCAGUGUGCUCCCGUGCCCACUCGCACCCCCCUCCCCUCCCCUCGUCCCCCACUCCUCGCACCGCCCGCCGUGGCCCCCCCUCCCUCCUCUCACUCCUCGCGUCGCCCGAGUUCGCUCUCUCCCACCCCAUUGGCCGCUCCGACUCCAUUGCCAGCCUGGCAGUGCGCUUCCACGUGCAGGCCAUGGACAUCCGGCGUCUCAACAACAUCAUGAGCGACCAUGCCAUCCACACACGCACACGCCUCCUCAUCCCCAUCCCCCCCUCGCGCCGCCCGGCUGAGCUGGCGGGGCGGCAUUGCGCCAUCCAGUUUGAUUCGCACGCGCGGCGGGAGGUGCUGCUGGUGUUCCAGGAGGGGGAGGAGGCGGAGAUCCGGCAGGCGUAUGGAGAAGCACGAAACGCCAGACCCUCGGCAGCACAUGGCACUGCGCAGGUGGUUUCUCUGUUGCAAAGAGCCCUUCAGGUGGACGAGCCAACAGCGCAGUACUACCUGGGCGAGGCGGACGGCGAUGUGCGGGCGGCAGUGGCACUGUUCAUGGAGGACCAGCAGUGGGAGCGGGCGCAGGCACAGGCAGGGGAGAGGAGGAAGAGCCUUGUGAUUGGCUGCAGGAGGGGGAGAGCUGAUAGGUUGUAA